AUGGUGGGAGAUAAUCAGCUGAGUCACUUUAAUGCAUCAAGUAAAGUUGGUUCUUGUGCUCGGUUGGACCUUCAGUGGGAGAAAAAUGGAGUAGUUGAUGUUCAUGACUUCGACAUUUCAACUAGCAAGGGUCCAUUUGUCAUGAAGGCACUCAGUUUAAUCUUCUGCAGGUCUGGAACCAAUGUCAGCCGAGCCAUCGGAGGAGUGUAGGUCAGAAGAUGUCUUAACAGAGAAACAUGCCCAAUCUGCCGCACGAAACUGAUCAGAACUCUUUUCUACUUGCAGUUUAGUGACAAGGUAAUGGAACAACUCAAGUUUGAUUACUCAUAAGAAAAUAUUACUGAAAAGGUGUUCUUGCAUGCUGAACAAGAGGAAUUUUGUCAACUCUGCAUUGAUGCCUGAUGAGCAGAAUUGACGAUCAAUCUCUAUCUCUGCCUCAUCUCCUCUGAGGCGUGACAGAUCGAUGGGCACAAAAUGGAUCAGUAUACAGCUGCCUAUCCAUUUGAUAUGCUUUUGUUGUCUGGGAGGAUAGAAAGAACCUACAUAAACUGUUAAGCAGCAGGCAUGACAAGGAAGAAGGAGCCAACAUCGACCUGGUUGGUGCCGAUUCAGAUUUGAAGCAAGCCCAUUUUGAUUCAUGGUGUCCAUUCCAGCUUUCUUUGGUUAUGCAAUAAUGUGGGGUAGGAAGCCGGCCAGUUCAAUGUCUCAUCAAGGGUGCUGGGAACUAUGGAUUUGGAAGUAGAGCGAUGGAUAACUCACUUAUGUGCGAAUUCAUUCGUUCUGGUUUCGACUUGGAUCAAUACAGCGGGGUAGAAGCGAUUAGAGUGGAAGUUUCAUACACCAUGGAGAUGGAACUCGCAGGUUUUAUUGCAUUCCAGCUGGAUAAUGGAAGUAAUUGGGAGUCCUGAACUGUCUCAUGCAGGAGUAUAAAGAAGAUGAUGAACUCUCACCAGCAAGUGGGAACUAUGAAUUUCUGUACCAGUUGAUGUUGCUAAUAAGAAGAUAAUUUCCCAGCUCAUCAUCAGUUUGUUAUUGUGCAUCCAGGUAGAGGAGGGUGUUUUAUGCUUUUGUUCUGCGUCAUCUCUAUGGUCACUUGCAGGAUGCAACCAGGCAUAUAGAGCGGUGGAUAUGAAAUGAAGUAUCCGGUUGUCACAGCAACUCUGCCAUUAUUGUUUUGUUCCUAUUUAUAUGGCAAUGUAAUCAUAUUUAAAACUUUCCAUUUGCUUUGCUAGCAUGCUUUGUUCCUCAAUUGACGUUGGUUCAUGCAAAUAGGCC